AAACUGUCCACGUUGGGCUGUCGAAGGCAGACGCCGGUUUAUAUUCACAGCUGGAGAUCGAAAAUAAAAAAAACCCACAGCGCACUGUUUUAAUUCAGAAAGGAUAGGAACGCAAACAUGAAAUGAGACCAAGAUGCAUCACAACUUCAAGAAAGAAAAUGAGAAUUUUGUUAUGUAUUUUUAUUCUUUAUCAAAUAUCAGACAAUGACAGUUAUAAAUGUCAAGCUAAAACGGUAGCGGGGGCAUUUUCUUCAGUAGCUGCACAGAGAGGAUGGGGGAUGUACGUGACAACGUUUUGUUUUCACGGGAAUGCCUUGAUAAAUUACACCUUGGAGGCUGAAGAGGGAAUGUUAGUGGAGUAUAAACCACAGUUGUUACUCUUCACAAAACAAGACUUAGAAGAUCUGGAGGAGGAAGACUGUUCAGAAAAACUCAGCAGGGCUUCAUUUACUUUUGAGCUGAGAAAUUCAACAGGAAACCUGAGUGUUAAUGCCCCGACCAACCCACACUUGUACCAUGUCAUGUAUGGGGACCAGUUAACCUGUCUGGAUACAGACUCAAAUGAGGACUCAGAUUCCAGUAUGUUCAGGUUCAGAAUCCAGUUGCUAAAUCCAGACAGUCUGGGAAAUCCAACUGAACACUUUGGAGAUGAUGAAACUGGUCUCUUGCGGUUCUAUCAGCUGCUGACCCUGGCAUACUUUGUACUAGGCUGUAUAUUUGCUCCUCGACUCUACGAGACUCUGAGUAAGGGGGGACCCAUGCAGCUUGUGAUUAUACUUCUUACUGUCUCAACUUGUCUACAGGCCACAGGGACAUUUAUCAUGAUGAUACACCUGGCCAGAUAUUCCAAGGAUGGAAUGGGAUCUGCAGCCAUUGAGUUCUUUGCAGAGUUCUUUGAUGUGUUAUCCCAGUUUGCUAUGCUGUACAUGCUCCUGAGUCUCAGUCUGGGCUGGACACUGGGCACCUCCUACAGAUUUGCACACCUACAGAUGGUCAGUCGUAAACCAGCAGCUAAAGUUGUAGGUGUACUUGGAAUUGUUCAGGCUGUUUUGUUUGUUUGGGAGCAGAUUCAGGACAGUGACCACAGGAUGUACCACGCACAUCGCAGCUUUGCGGGAAUAGCCCUAGUCAUUUUGCGGAUCCUGCUGGCAGCUUUAUUUGCAUGGAAUCUGAAUGUAACUGUGUCUUCAGAACGCAGCGCUCUACGACGAGAAUUUUAUAAAUCAUUUACAAAGAGCUGUAUGCUUUGGUUUUUAUGCUAUCCACUUUUAGUUGUCCUGUCCUGGAUAUUCUAUGAAUAUCUUCGUUAUAAGCUAAUCACUAUGGGCGUGGUCUUAUGUCAGUGCUGUGCUGUGGGCAUGUUGUACAAAUUGUUCUUCUCUAGAAGCCUGUACUGGGAAAUAUCUGCACUCUCCAGCACACUUCCACUGAGAAUGGACAGAACUUUAGGACAUAAACUGUACUCCUGACCAAUCUUUUGGUCAUUCACUGUAGUCCUUAUCAAACUUCAGGACAUAGAUUGUAUUUUUGUCAGGUUUUGUGCUUGAAUUUUUUUUAAUAUGUGCCUGUAUUUAUUGCAUUAAAGAGAGACAUUUUUGGUCAAGGGCUUUGGGUAGCAUUUUUCUUUCAAAAAAUGAAGCUUAAUGCACUUCACAUUUCUUUCUUAAUGUUUUUGUGCUUUGUUAUAAAAUUAUAUACCUGAUCAGAUACAUGUGUAUCAAAUGCUUAUUUAAAAUUUGAGAACAGCAGUCUGCCAAAUACAAAUUGAAAUAUAUUUUGAUACAUGUACAUGUAUACAAUGAUGUGCACACUUAAUUAUGCAUUAAAAAAGAAUCAUAUUACUUUUCUACAUGAAAUGGGUAAAACUUGAAGUGCAUAGUAUCUGUAAAUUAAUGUUGCUUAAAUUUCAUUAAUGGCAUGCAUCUAAUUUAUAUUUAAUAC